GGAAUCUUCCCGAUUCAUUAGUAACCUGAUUAACCACACUGUUUGGAUUAUCUUCAAGGCAUUUGGGACUUCAUUCGACGAUUCGGAGGGAAGAUCAAAAUUUUCAUUUUCGAGAAUGUCACGAUAGCCUAAUGGAUCGGGCGUUGGACUCGUAGUCACAACAUCGCAGGUUCGAAUCCGGCAUCGGCAAAUUUUCGGUUUUUUAGACGUUUUCUGAAAUUUUAAUGUUAUAGCCUGAGUUUUUCUGGUUUUCAUAGUUUUCAAAGUUCGAAGGAUUUCAAAAUGGAAAGUCCGUUGAAAUUCAGAAAAUUAAAAAAUAAUAAAAGAUGGUCUAUUGAAGAUUCAGCGGAAUUUGAAAAUUCUCAAAAAUGUUGAAGUAUAAUUCCGCGGAGAUGUGGAAUUCCUCGACUGGUUGCAUAACCCUGAGAUAUCGAACCUCGUUGUCAAGUAAACAACCCCGGAGCCCACCCCUGAGAAAUUCCUCCAGUGAUGCUCCACUCGGCUGUGAUAAAUGGGUCAAUCGGUGCUCAGAUGGAGACUCAACUCUCCAAAAAUUCUCUCCAGAGUGAGUGAAACUGUCUCGUGAAAAUGAACUCUCGUCAGAAGUGUUGCCUCCACUGUCCAGGAACUUGGGUAUCAUCACAGAUCAGGAGAGAACACACGUGUCGGCUGCCAACGUACAUCAAAGGGAACUUGAAGCUGUCGUCUCUCAAGGAAUUUGUGGCGGGUGAGGGGGAGCGACAGGAUAGACUAGUCCGAAAGGACUCGGCAAAUACCUCGGAGAAGAGACUGAUGUCCAGAGGGAACUCCGUUUACGACAGAUUCGCGAUAGCCAAGAAAUUUCACGCGGAGAAUCUCGAGCACCAGCCACUGCCCGAUAAAGUCGAUGAUUCGGUGUUCAGAAAUGUCAGACCUGGUCGGGCAGGUCUCCACAGCAAAUCAUCGCCUGUUUUGACGAAAAUCGAUCAAGGUACGAAAGGGCACAAAAUUCGUACAUCGCUGCAGUACGGUCCGAGUCUCGGAUGUAAAGUUCCCACAACGAACAUGGACUUGGCGAUUUGUUGGGAAGCGCCAGUCGACCCGAAUUACGAGCCGACGUGGCCGGUGCACAUAGACGGUUCCGACGGAGGGCCAGCACCAGCAGUUUUCGCUUUAGUGCAACACGAACCCGGGGACGAGAAGGCUUUCAAAAGCCCAGUGGAAAGGUUUGAGGCGAAGUUCAUAAAUGUGAAGGGCAGCAGUCGAAGGGACGACCCGACCUGCGACACCUGUCAUGCAAACGAAACCAACAACGAACUCUGCGAGAACUUCGAUGGAAUACAUAUCUCCGAUGAGUCCGACGACAAUCGACUCGUGAAAUCUGCAACCUACGGCUGCCCGAACCCGAGGAAACGACAGCCUGUUCAUCUGCGGAACUGCGUUCCCUGCCACUGCCGGGGUGAGAGAUUCCGGAGAGCCCGAUAUUCCCAUUCGGCUCCUCAUCUCGGAGUCAAGAACGUUAAGAGGAACGGCCUUCCGUCCAAGAACACAGUUCCACGACCCAGAACUCCGUACGCCAAACGGAACUUUUGCAUCGACACUCUCACCCCUCCGUUUACCAUCGUCGAGGGUUCCAGGGAUGCCGAUUACCCGGAGCAUUGGAGACUCACAUCGGUUUAUCAACAGUCCUAUAGAAAUCCGAAGAACCAGUGAACGAGUUAAGGGUGAGUGAAGAUUUAAUUAUUAAAACAAACGCUUUCUUUUCUCUACGGAAUUCUAUUGAAUUGGUAUUGGAACUUUGUAGGAAUUCGGUCAAUAUUUUAUGGAGAAAAUCGAUGUCUCCUCAGUUAUGGCUGUAGAACGUUUCUGAAACUUUAUCAUUUCAUUUCGGAAAAAAUAUUUGGCGGGAGAAUAACCUAUAAAUUUUUGUUUUUCGGUAGGAGUUCUUCACAAAAAUUUAGUAGUCACUUUUCUAUAGAUUUUUGUACAUGCAUAAUUUCUCUUGAAAUAUUAAGUAUUAACUCUAAUAAACUCCAAUAGAAUUCCUUAUAAAAAGCGUAAGAGUUUUCCAUAGAAUUUUCUCGUAAAAAAAUUGUUAUACGAUUAAUAUUAUAUUUUUUGCAGUGUUAAUUACUGUGACGUCGGACACACUAUAGAAUAAUUAUUAACACAAAAAGUUGACAUAAUCAUGUCGUAAUGAGUCUAUAACAUAUUCUAGUGAAUUAUUUUUAUUCAUUUCAACUAGUGAUAUAAAUUUUAAACGGGGUGUCAAGAGGCAUUGAAAAAAAAAUGCUAUCGAAAUAAAAUCAAUAGUUUUCUAUAGAAAUAAAUAAUCAAAAAUUCUCUAUCUCGGUUUUCGACGAUUUAAUCUGGUGAGGGCGAGUCUGUGAAGUCGAUUCAAUAAGUUCGUGUGUGGUGUGAGGAUCGACAGGAAAUCUGAUCGUUUUAAUAUGGAAAUCUCGCACAACUCGACGGCUAUUACAUCUACAAGAGAUUUUUCGUGAUCUGCUAUGAGUGAAAUCUCGCCGAAAUGCGAGCCCUCGGAGAGUCGGAGGAUUUCUUCUCUUGAAUUCUUCAUCACUGCAACUGUUCCGCAGGAUACAUAAUAAAGUGCAUCUCCAGUACUUCCGGAUUUUACUAUCGAGUCAUUGGAAAUGGUGUACCUAGGACAUAGAUGAAUCCAAUCCUCCCGAGGAUCGUCAAAAAUAGAUUCAGGAUUAUGUCCUCAGUCGUAUCGACAGGGAGAUAAUGACUGGAGCUCAUUAGUGCGGUUGUCGCUCGAUUUAAUGAGCUUAUGUACCUCUUCAGGAUUGUGUCCCUCUUCUUCAUGUAAUCGGAGGAUAGCCACGAUCUUUUCACAACAGAGUGCACCGCUGAUAUCUCGGGAAAAACACCAGUUCGGACUCCGAAAAUCUACAGAAUUAUUUUUCAUCCCUCACCGAGAUGUGUCGUGCUCCCAGGUUACUCUUCCAGCUGCCAGCGGUAUGUACAACUCCAGGCACGUCGCCCAGUGGAAAGUUAUGAUGGCAAUUAUUAGCAUUCCAAUUAUUUUUGUGUUUUGAAGUGACAUUUUGUACACCUGGAAUAAAUAAAUGAAUUUAUCUUCA